AUGUCCCCGCCCAGUGAGCUGCCAAUCACAGCUGGAUUCGCUACGUCAACGUGAUGGAGCGAGUAGCGGCGGUCGGUGUGGGUUCCUUGCUGCGGGCUGUGCGGCGGAAUGUGAGCAGGAGGAAUAAUUUAUUGAGGCAUAAUCCCAGACUGGCUGAAAUUGGUACCAGCAGUGCUGCAGAUUCAAAGGAUUCCUACUUAGCAGUGCAGUGUACUGACCUGAAGAGGCCAUUAGAGAUCCAGCGAUUGCCUUCAGUUGCCCUCAAACCGACUGAGGUGCGAGUGGAUAUUCAUUGCUGUGGUGUGAACUUUGCUGACAUUUUGAUAUGCCGGGGACUGUAUCAGCAUCGACCACGGCUCCCCUUCACUCCAGGAAUGGAGUUCGCAGGGUCAGUGACAGAAGUUGGUACAAAUGUCACAGGGGUUUCCAAGGGAGACCGAGUGAUAGGCGUGAGUUCCAUUGGAGCGAUGGCAGAACAGUGUAUUGUUGACCAUAAGGUAUUGUGGCUGAUUGAUGAGACUAUAUCGUUUGAAAUGGCAAGCGUGUUACCAGUUUCAUACGGCACUGCAAUCCUGGCUCUGCAGCACCGAGCAAACACACAGCCAGGGGAGACUGUUCUGGUGACAGCGGCCGCUGGCGCAGCAGGACUUGCUGCUGUGGACAUUGCAUCUCGUAUCCUGAAUGCCAAGGUCAUUGCUGCAGCAGGAACAGAUGAGAAGAGUGAACUAGCAUUGCAAAGAGGUGCUGUAGCAGCCAUCAAUUAUACCACACAGAGCCUGAAAGAGGAGGUGAAAAAACUGACUGGAAAUAAAGGAGUAGAUGUGGUUUUUGACGCUGUGGGAGGAGAUGUAUUCAAGGAAGCUUUCAGCAGCUUAUCCUGGGAAGGCAGAAUUGUGGUGGUCGGUUUUGCUGGGGGAAAUAUAUCAACCAUACCAGCUAAUCAACUGCUGCUAAAGAAUGUGACAGCCAUGGGUGUUUUCUGGGGAAAAUAUAAAGAUCAGCAUUACCCAGUCUUCUCCAGGUCCAUUACAUCUGCAAUUCAAUUCUGCAAAGAGGGAAGAAUCAGUCCUUAUAUUGGUUCAGUCUUUAAAAUGCAACAGGUAAAUGAAGCUUUCCAACACGUGUUGCAGCGCAAGUCCAUUGGGAAGGUCAUCCUAAACAUGAAAUGAACUGAAGAAAAAUAUCCAGAGAAAAGCUGGACUAUAAACAUAGUAUACUGGUCGCAUUUUGAAAUAGUAAAAAUAAUUGUAUAUGCUGUAACUCAUUUGCACUAAUAGAAAUUCUUGUUUUAAAAAAAUACAAAAGUA